UCCGUGUGAUGACCUCAGCCCGUCGGCCUGAGGUAAACAACACUGCCUGGCGUCGGGGCUAGCGACAGCUGAACAGGCUAAUUAUUGAUCGAGUUUGGAAAAUGACGAAGAAAAUGGAGGACUAAGGGCAUUUAUGGCUGUGAUUACGUGAAACACAUUUAUUGCCACAGUACGCUCCACCGCUAGAUCCGAAUCUCUCUCCGCAGCCAUGUCAUCGCGUGUGCUGCUACGGCAGCAGCUGAUGCGAGAGCAAGCCCAGGAGCAGGAGCGACGGGAGGCCCAGCAGCAGGCCUCUGCGUCUCAGCUCCGACCGAAUGACUCCACUCCAGCCAUCUCUGUCACACUGCCCCCAAACGCUGCUCGCCCACCCCCUGCACAGGUGCCUGUGGAAGUGCUAAAAGUGCAGACCCACUUGGAAAACCCCACCAAGUACCACAUCCAGCAGGCUCAGAGGCAGCAGGUGAAGCAGUACCUCUCCACCACUCUGGGAAAUAAGGCGGUUACUCAGACCCUGGGCGUGUCCCCCGUGCCACAGUCCAGUUCUGCCCCUGAAGUUGCCCCCACUGCCAGCAGCGCCCCCAACAGUCCUAUGGCUCUGCUUAACAUCGGAUCCAACAAAGAGGAAAUUGAUGAUGUGAUUGACGACAUCAUUAGUCUUGAAUCCAGUUUUAAUGAUGACAUCAUUACAUUGAUUGACUCGGGUCUUCAGCUGCCCAGCACGCUCCCAGGUAAUUUGUUGGAUGUUUACCACAGCCCUGGAAUGGCAGCACCAACUCUCACGGUCAGCAACUCCUGCCCUGCUGACCUUCCAAAAAUUAAAAGGGAAAUUACAGAUGCAGAUGCCAAAGCACUAUUAAAAGAAAGGCAGAAGAAGGACAACCAUAACCUCAUUGAAAGACGACGGAGAUUCAACAUCAAUGACCGAAUAAAGGAGCUUGGUACUCUGAUACCCAAGUCCAGUGAUCCUGAGAUGCGUUGGAAUAAAGGCACCAUCCUAAAGGCCUCUGUGGACUACAUCAGGAAGCUGCAGAAGGAGCAGCAGAGAGCCAAGGAUGUGGAGAUGCGUCAGAAGAAGUUGGAACAAGCAAACCACAGUCUAAUGUUACGCAUUCAGGAACUGGAAAUGCAGGCCCGGAUCCACGGUCUCAACACCAACUCCAGUAUUUCUCCCGGUCUGACCUCCGACCCCUCGAUGCUCCAGCAGCAGCAGCAGUCGGUCCCACAGAGCGGCCAGGCCCUGCCUCCUACAGCUGCAGGAGGAAGAGGAGGAGGAGGAGGCCCUGCCCAGAACCUCCUGAGUCUAGGUGUGACAGCCAUUGGACAGACUCUGCCCACCUCCUUCCUGUCCCCACCUUCAUCAGACUCUCCCGCUGGAGUCACCAUCAGUAGCCCCCUGGACCUGGGCAGCCUGAGCUUUGCAGAGCUGGACGACGCCUCCGCCUCAGCACUCUACCCGGACGUGGGCUUGGGAGACAUUUUAAUGGACGAGGGGUGCACCCUGUCCCCGGAGCGGGUGGGCGAGCCCCUGUUUUCCCCUUUGUCUCCAGGUGCCUCUAAAACCAGCAGUCGCAGGAGCAGCCUUGACAUGGACGAGGACUUGUGAUGAGCAGUGCUGUCUGUCAGGGGGACUGUCUGUAGGGACGAGAAUGCAGUCUGUCUUCAAAUAACAUGAGUCUAUUUAUAGAACUGUAGAAUAAUCUAGAAGAGCCUCAGUAGCUAACAUUAAGAGUCAGAGUCACAUAAAUGUUGCAUCCUGUUUUUUUGCCAUACAGACUGAACUGUUCCGGUUCGGAUCAGACCAGAUCAGCACGUCUGGGUUUAUACAUGCAAUCGUAUUCAAAUGGAAUAUUGUAUCAUAGGGGCAUGGAUUUAGAAUUAAGAAAAUAAUGCAAUCUUAAUAGAUUUUAAGAUUAUUUCAGAGAUUUAAGAGGGAUAUAAAGUUUGCUUGAAUUUGUUAUGUAGGCAAGAAAGCUGUGAGGUUUCUUUUUUACGACGACAAUGGCAUAACAAACUGAAUAAUAAGAGAUGCCAAGACACAGUGUAUGUGGAAUUAUUUGUGUUUUUUUCAACUAACUGGAAUCAGGGUUUGUUAAUAGCCUUUGCAUGCUCAUCCGUGUUGGGUUGUUUCACCAGCAGCUACAGAAGGGAUCUUUGUAAAGUGAAUUGGCACAUUGUGAAAUAUUUACUGCAUAUUGUACAUAAGAAUGUUUUAUUUUGAGCAAUUCUAUUGCACCUUAUUUUAUGGCAGUCUAUGCAUUUUAUGAAAAGCUUUUGUCUGUUUUUAUUACUAUUCCACACAGUCGACAGCUAAUGCCCAGGUUGCAUGUAUUUGUAAUGAACCUUAAGAGCAGUGGAGAUUCACUUGCUGCUGCAGCUAGUUAGCCAAAGCAGGACUUCUUCUGGAGUAGCUACAGAUUACAAAUCAGCGUUUUAUUUUUGAGUAUGUUCACAGAAUCAAUGGAAAUGCAAGCAUUAGAAAUGCAGAACAAUUGAAUCCUUUUACAGUAGUACUGUAGUUCCUUACAUAUUUUUUGAUACCUGAAUAAUACUUUGAUAAGAGGUUUCUCCGACUAAUAUCUGUGUCGUCAGUGAUCAUUUGUCUCCAUUAACCUUUGUGAUCACAGUGUUUUUACUGGUUAGCAUGCUUUACCGACAAUGUGGCUUUUUUUCUGUUGUUUCAUUUCUUCUUUUUUUUUUGAUGAUAUAUACAGAAUAAUACUGCAUUAUUGCUCAUUCUAGUAUGAAUUCUGAGGGUGAAUUUUAACUUCUUUUUUUUUUUAAACAACCACUAGCCUCACCUCUGUAACAAUAAGGUGCAACUGUUUGUUGUGUGCAAUUAUUAACCUAUAAAAUAGCCACAAAGUCAACAAAAGGCUUUUAAUUUGUCAGAUGCUUAACACAGCCUCAUGUAGAGUUAAUUAAUGAAUGUGUGUUCGAAAAAGUACCUGCAUUUGUGUGUAGAUUUUUUUAAAACACUGAUGUACUGUAUUUUUUUUUCUCACAUCUUGUCAGUUAUUGAUGCGCUUGAAUUUGAACUGUUUCAGCGUAUUUAACUGUUCUUUGAGCCAAGGUAACAUGAAAACAAUCACAGCAGCCCCAAACAUCUGUAUUUUAGAUUUGACAUUUGACAUGGAGGAACAUUUUCAGAGUCCUGUUCAUUCAUGGCACUUGUGCAGCUACUUGUGUUGUUCCUUCUGUUUUAGAACGUCCCCAUGCCCCCACCCCACCCCAUCCCCCCACAGCCGUCUCUGCUCAAACUCAGUAUCCUCUCAAUAUUUACCACAUCUUACCUUGACAUAUAUUCAAGUGCUAACGAGGACUGUUAACCAUAGCUGUUCGACAGGUAACAUUUGUGUCUUGUCCCUCAGAGUUGGCUUUGAAAGGAUUUUAACAAAUAAAUGAUGACUAUUGGUUCU